AUGCUGAACACGUUGCAGUGCAUUUUAGUGGUUUGCAGUACGGUGAUUCUAAGGAGUUCGCUGCUUGCGGAAGUGCCUGAGAGCACACCUUCCUCUCGAAGCGAAAUCAAAGCUAGUAGUGGUCCUUCGCGGCGCGUGGCUAAGCACGUAAGCUUCCAGGAGCCCGAAGACCCGUACGACAUUGACCAUGACGUGGCUCAGCCUCCAGAUGACGUGGAAAAUCCUCUUCCUGAGGUUCCAGGUCAAGAUUUCCCUCUCCCGGGAUUUGUCGAUUACGAAUCGGAAUCAUCUUUCGGACGCGAAACGUCAGCCGUCGAUUUGGAAACGGGCUUCCGCGUGCGACGGUUGGAUUUCGACGCGACGCGCGAGACGCAUUACGUGAUCGUGGUGCACGGAACCUUCGACGCACCACCGUCUGACGGAACGCGGAGGUGGUACCAGCCCGCGGUUUCCGGCGAGCAGAACUUUUGCUCCAAAAUUGGCGCGCUUUUGGCGCGAGGGCCGUUAGGAGCAGACAGCGUGUGGCGGAAGCUGCCUGCCGGGAGCAUCGCGGCCGGGAGAGCUGCCGGCGGCCGGCAAGGCGCCGCGCCGUACCCUUUCCACUGGGACGGCACGAACACUCACAAGGGGAGGGUGGAAGCUGCCGAGAAGCUUUCAUUGCUUAUAGCGGAUAUCGCCUGCAGCGACCCUACAGCGAGGAUACACAUUAUCGCUCACUCCCAUGGGGGAAACGUGCUGCUGAAAGCAGUGGAGUUGUACAUGCGACAAUUAAGCAGCCAAUCACCAGCUGACUUGCACCCAUUGGUGGAGCAGGAAUUUUGGGCGGCACACAGGCGCGGAUACGAUUUGAUUCGCAAGUGGAGGAGUCCGAGUCAAAUAAGAUCUCGCUGGUCUGGGUGGCGGCGAUGGCUGCCCACCCCCAUCUUGUUUCAAAGUCUCCACCCCACCACGCACAAGCACGAGAGCCAGGAGCGCUACCCCUGGGGGCGCUACCGCUGGCUUGACUCCCUCCCCGGCCUCCCCUUUAGCAGUCAUUCAAUCAACACCUCUACCUCUCCCCUCUCUCAAUCCCUCCCAACCAGUCUCCACCCCACCACGCACAAGCACGAGAGCCAGGAGCGCUACCCCUGGGGGCGCUACUGCUGGCUUGACUCCCUCCCCGGCCUCCCCUUUAGCAGUCAUUCAAUCAACACCUCUACCUCUCCCCUCUCUCCAUCCCUCCCAACCAGUCUACACCCCACCACGCACAAGCACGAGAGCCAGGAGCGCUACCCCUGGGGGCGCUACCGCUGGCUUGACUCCCUCCCCGGCCUCCCCUUUAGCAGUCAUUCAAUCAACACCUCUACCUCUCCCCUCUCUCAAUCCCUCCCAACCAGUCUCCACCCCACCACGCACAAGCACAAGAGCCAGGAGCGCUACCCCUGGGGGCGCUACCGCUGGCUCGACUCUCUCCUCGGCCUCCCUGCCACCCGCCAGCGCCUCUUCCUCUCCCACCGCCUCGCCACCUCCCCUCUCUCCAACGCCCUCGGCUCCCUCGUGUUCCUGGGAACCCCCUUCUAUGUCAAGAAAUGGGACCGGGCAGGGGUGUUCCGGUUGGUGGUGGCGACGGUGCUGUCGGCUAUAGCGGUUUUUGGAGUGGUGCUGGGGUAUGUGGUGCUCUGGGAAGUGGUGGUGAUGGAGGCGGCUCACUUGGAGGUGAAUCAGCUGCUGCUGUGGCCGCUGGUGGUGGUGGCAAUUGUCGGGCUGUUUGGCGUCGUCAGCAUCGCUGUGCAAGCUUAUUUAUCGUCUGAGAAGAGCAGAAUUUUGGGCCCCCAUCCUCUCUCUGCCUCUCCUCUCUCUGCCUCUCCUCUCUCUGCCUCUCCUCUCUCUGCCUCUCCUCUCUCGGCCUCUCCUCUCUCUGCCUCUCCUCUCUCUGCCUCUCCUCUCUCUGCCUCUCCUCUCUCUGCCUCUCCUCUCUCUGCCUCUCCUCUCUCUGCCUCUCCUCUCUCUGCCUCUCCUCUCUCUGCCUCUCCUCUCUCUGCCUCUCCUCUCUCUCCCUUCCUCUCCCCUCCUUCCUGCAGUCAUGGAACCAACCUGCAUGCUACAACGAUUCGUUCGGAUCCUCUCUUUUCGUCCCAUCUGACACACCGUCUGCUGGCUGCUGACGCUGCUGCUGCUGCUGCUGCUGCUGCUGCUGCUGCUGAUGAUGAUGAUGAUGAUGAUGAUGAUGAUGAUGAUGAUGAUGAUGAUGAUGAUGAUGAUGAUGAUGAUGAUGAUGAUGAUGAUGAUGAUGAUGAUGAUGAUGAUGAUGAUGAUGAUGAUGAUGAUGAUGAUGAUGAUGAUGAUGAUGAUGAUGAUGAUGAUGAUGAUGAUGAUGAUGAUGAUGAUGAUGAUGAUGAUGAUGAUGAUGAUGAUGAUGAUGCUUCUGCCACAGGUACAGCUUCACCUAUUGCUCCUUUACACAUUGCCAGGGUGAAACUGCAAGGGAACAAUAGGGCUCGCUCAUUUGCCCGCACAUGGCUUUCCCGGGCAGCCCGGUCAGAAAAGCUAACGGGAAACCUCCCUGUGGAGGAGAGCAAAUUCUGGGCCAGACCGAGGGCAAGAAGUGUUAUGGCAAAUAGAGUGGGAGGCUGUAUAGAGGAGCCCGUGUGUGACGAUUCUGUGGGGGCGGUGGGUGGUUUCGUGGGUAGUUCUGUGGGUGGUUCGGUGGGUGCUUCGGUGGGUGCUUCGGUGGGUGCUUCAGUGGGUGGUUCGGUGGGUGCUUCGGUGGGUGACAUGGGUGCUACGCCGUUUGCAGCUUCAUCUGCGGUUGAAACCGAAGAGGAGGUAAAGUUUUUCAUGGAGGAGCAUGAGGACAAGGAAGGCUGCAAUAACGCGAAAGAUGAGAAGGAGGGAGAGAAGAGAGCAGACCAGCAACAGCAGAAGGAGCAGCAGCAGCAGCAGCAGCAGUUGCUGUAUGAAUUUCUGUGGGAGGACAGCAAGUUGGAAGAGGCAGCAGCGGCAUCGGGGAUGUAUCGGCUGUUACGAUCGGAGAUGAGGAGAAUGAAGAAGAACCCGCGGCUGACCGACAGAGAGUUUGUGCGGCAGAUCAAGCAACUAUGCGUGAUGAUAGAGGAGCAUAUCGGAGAGCUCACCGGUCGCUUCGACCUCAACCACGGGGCAUACUUCCGAGACCCCCGCAUCCUCGCUGUCAUCUCGCACUUCCUGCAGCACCGGGCUCUUCCCGAUUGGUCCAAGUCCCUCGAUGCAGAUGUGCUGCGCGUGCAGACGCUGGCUGAGAUAGCGCAAACAGCCUCAGGGCAAGGCACGGGCAAGGUACAGGGAAGGAACGGUCAAGGAAAUGGUGACGGGGAAGGUGUGGCAUGCAUAGGAGAGGAGGCAGAAGGGGAGUUGGAGGAGUUAUCAAGGCUGGGGUUAUCGAAGGUGGGGUCAUCACACCCCGGGGGUGGUGCGAGUAACAGUCGUACUCCUAGCAUGGUGGGUUUCCGAGGGAAGCGGAGCAAGAGUGAGAAGAAGAGGAGCAAGAGGGAGGGAAAUAGGUCCUGGUCUGGUCAGCUUUGGCUGACCCGAGGUUUUUCUGGGCAGCUUUCCUCGAGCCAGGCUUCUUAG